AUGGAUCAAAACACCCCACCAAACACGCAGCCCCUCCUCCAUACACGCCGCGGCCUCCUUUUACUGGCGCGCAGCCACUCACUGUUACCGGCACGCAGCCAAUUCAACAUCGCGCACAGCUCGCCCGCCGAGUUGUCGAGCCACCAAACCGUCGGCACACCAUUGACUGUGCCUCAAGCACCAGCCGGUGAUGAGGAACUCCCACCGGGUGAGUGGGCGGCUCACGCCAAACAGCUCCCCUGGCAAGUCACGAGGACGGGCGGUUUUGUCAAAACGCAGGCCCUGGAGCUACUUAUUGAGGCCCCCUCCCGACGUGAGCCUGCCCAGCGGUCAUCAACCCAGUAUACCGGAAAGAAACUGGAUGAGCGGGUCUCGACCAGUGCCGCCAACGCCGAGUUAAUCUUGAUGCAGGUAGUUGGCAGUGUGGCAGAGCAAGAGUGCAAAAGAUGCCUCAAGAGGAAUGGCCCUUGGGCCCACUGCGUACGGUUCCACGACAUCACCCGUACCGUCACAGCGUGUGCAAAUUGCCAGUGGAACGGGAAUAAGAAGCGCUGCGACUUCUAUCAACCGCCUGUCGGGGCUGCCGAGAACAAACGGGCCGAGGUCGACCAGAUCCUCGCGAUGAUGGCGCAACUGAGAUUGUCGAUGUAA